AGAUUAGAAUAAUACUUGUCAUAAUUUUCUCAGGGAUCAAAAUUGUUUAAACAUCUCUUGUUUCAGUUCUAAGUUGGGAACUCAGGACAUGUCUAAAAUUUUCGCAAGAAGCAGGACCUUACUUCUCUGAUCAGGAACUUUUGCAGUGAAAACUUUGGAUUCAUCUCUGAGGUAGAUGAGCAGUUACAAUUAUAUGAUGGAGUCGGUCCGAGAUCGGUGGGCUCAUCAGAGUAUGGUGAUGAGUGACUCUCAUAAUUAUAAAUCUGAAUUCGCAAAUAGUGAUACUUCUAUACCAUCACAAAAGAAAAGACCUACAUUAGCCACAAACACAUGUGGAGAAAACCCAUCUCCAUUUUUUCUUGCCCGGUCCAUUGCUGUAGCUAUGGGAGUCCGUUUCAUUGUAAUGGUAAUGAUAUGCAGUGCCAUAGUCAUAAAUUCAUUAUUCAACCAAGUGGCUCCAAUUUCUUUGAAUGAAAGUUACUGUGGCCCAUGUCCUAAAAACUGGUUGUGCUACAGAAAUAACUGCUAUCAAUUUUUUGAAGAGAGCAAAAGCUGGUCCCAGAGUCAAGCUUCUUGUAUGUCUCACAAUUCCAGUCUCCUGAAGAUAUAUAGCAAAGAGGACCAGGAUUUCUUCAAAUUGGUGAAAUCCUUUCAUUGGAUGGGUCUAGUACAAAAUCUAAAAAGUGGAUCCUGGCAGUGGGAAGAUGGCUCCAUUCUUUCGCCCAACCAACUAACAAUGAUUAACAUGGGACCUGGAAACUGUGCGCUUUAUGGCUCAAGUUUUAAAGGUUACACAGAAAACUGUUCAAAUCAAAACACGUUCAUUUGUAUGCAGAAGAAUGUAUAAAAAGCUUAAUGUUUAUAAAACAUAAAAGAUUCAAAGACACAAAAGCCAUUCCCUGAGUGUUCUCUAUGAAGAAAACUUCCAGAAGAAAGUUACACCAAUAUUUGUUAAAUAUUUUUUCUAUUUAACA